CUGUAACCGUAAACAAAAACAAACUUGAAAUUCUCUUGCUUUGCGUUUGAAGUUUUUUUUCGAAAUAUUUGUCAUUUGUUAGCAAUGUUAAAAUGGUUAACCAAGGAGAUAAGAAACAGGUAUCUGCUGAUGACUAUCAUCAUGCUGAGGAAAAACUCUAUACAACUAUUGUGGAAUCUGCUAGCACAGCUAUGUCCCUCAUAAUUGACAAGUACAUUUGCCUUGCCAAUGGCUUGCCAGCCCCUGACAUGGACAUCGAGGAGUACUUUGGCAGCAGGAACAAGAAGAAGCAGAGCCUCUUGAAGUACCUAGAGGAUCAUGAGCCCAAUGAAACAACUUGCAGUCAAACAAAGGUGCUCUCCCCCAAGCCUCUGCCUGCAUGCCAGUCCAAAAGCUGCACUGAAGAAGAUAUUCAGAGGGAAGUGCAAGAAACAUUGCAGAGAAGGAAGUCCCAGCUUGGAUUGCCAGAUGACUAUGAGGUGCAAGAAGUCCAAGACAUGGAACUUGAUUUGGAAUCUGAUAGUGAUCUCAGUGAAGCUGAAGGAGAUAUCAAGGAUGUUUCCAGCAAGCAAGCCAAUGAUUGGAGGAGGAAAGGGAACAGAUUAGAAAGGAAGAAGGAAAUUUUGAGAGGGGAGACUCAGACCCGGAGUCGGACGAGUGAACCUGCAAUAAACGAGAGGAAGCAGAGACACGUUUUGGGUGGGACUGCUAGUAGUAAGACCCAUGGCAGAAAAAUCACAAAUAUGGAAAAGGUGAAAGGAAAUAGCACACGCAAGCCAGAAAAAAUCUGCACGAGUGGCCCUCUUGCAUCUGUCUUGCCAGAGGAGCUUGAUCAUGGGGCUCUUCUUGUCACAGAUAUGCUAGAUACAAUCUAUAUUCCACCUUUCACAUGCCAGGAAAGAGAGAAAACCUUAAUGAAAAUAGAGCAGAGAUUAGGAAAACAUGUGAUGGUCUUCCAUUUCAGCUGCUUGGGUGGAAAGGACAUUGAACCUCAGGUAGAUGAUUCCCGCAGAGAUAUUAGAGAAAUUACCACAUGUCCAACCAUAAAGGAUGGAGACUCGCAAACACAAAGUAAAACAGCAGAUAAGACCUCAAAGAAAAAUUCCAUGCACCAUGAAAGCAGAAGUCAAACCAAGAAAGAUACUCACAGUGCCGGCAGCAAAGGUGACUGAACGCGACAUAUGUGAUCCCAAGACUUCGGAUGCUCACUCAGGUGGAAGAACACGUAGAAGAAAUGUACAAAAUACUUUAAAGGAAAAAUCCUCAGGUGAAGAGAGGGUAGAUAAUUUGCCACAAGAGCGAAGGAAGUCGAGGAGGAUAUCUGCUUUAUCCAGUCAACUUAGAGAGAAGUGCCAGGAGACACCUGAGCAACAUGGGUCGCCUUCUGAGCAGGGGGAGACAACUCGUCCCUCUCUUGACACCAUUGGGAAAAAUACUCAGCCAUCCUUCAGAAGAUCACAAGAAAAGAAGGAGGGGUAGACCAAAAUCAAAAUCUCAUGUUGUGACUUCCUCUACAGUACCAGAAACAGACAUCAAAACUAGAAAAAGGUCUAUUUCGGACCAAGUGACCAGACAGUUGAGAAUUAGUUUGGAAAACAUAUUCCCUUCAGAGGAAGAAAGGUUAGAAAAAAAAAUUAAAAAUAAAGAGCAAGAACUUGCAAUGGUGCCUAGUGUGCCUGAAUCCUUACAGCCAUUAAAAGAAGACAUGCAAGCAGUCAGUGAAGUAUCUUCAGAAAAAAGGAAUGAUAAGAAUUCCAGUAGAGAAAAUGUUGAUGCAUAUCAAGAUUUAGCCAGCAGUGACAAAGAAAAUAAUCCUCUUCCUGUAAAUUCUGAAAAUAUUCCAAAUCUGACAUCUGCUUCUACAGAUAGCGAAACUGAACCUCAUCUGGACUUCAAGAAACAGAAGCCCAAAAUUCGUAGAGUGUUGCUAAGUAAUGGCCGAAUUGUUUUCAAGUACAAGAUGAACAGUGAAAAGGAGAUUUGCUCCCAAGAUUUACCACCAGAGGGUGUGACGAACAUUCCAGAAAAUACAAGGAAUGAGAGACAGAGAACUGGGAGUAUCCUGGGCAACAUAUCUGGAAAUUUAUGGCAGAAGAGAAUGUGGCAUUCAAAGCAAGAGGAGAGUAUUAUAGCUGGUAUUGACCCCGUUAAGAAAAAACGAAAGAGCUUGUCAAGGAGACAUAAACAUGUGGGUCUUAAGGCCUCUGAUUCCAUGCAGCUCAAGUGGAGUAGCAUGAUAGCAAGAAACAGCACAGUGGAACUCUCAAGCAUUGUGGGAGACAACAGCACAUUAUCUGUGAUCCAUCCAAUGGGAAAAAUGAAUGACAGAGCUAGAAAGCAGGAGGGAGCAGGAUCUGGUGUGAGGCAAAAGUGGAAAAUGCUUCAGGCGCCAGAGCAUUCUGCACAGGAGGCCAUGAGAGGAAUGCAACAGAACCCUCUUAAAAAAUUUGCCAAACCACAGGCUUUCCCUCACGAUUCCAAGAAGGUUAACAGAAGAAAUGCCGAAGAGAGCCUCAUGGAGACAGAACAGUCGAAGCUCCUCCAGCUCUACAGUGUCAGGAAGCCAGUGACAACACUGACUGACCAGAGGGAUCAGAGUUUCAGUUCUAAUGAGGACACAACUCUCCUGACUGUGGAAAGUUCGUCAAGGGUGGUUGGGCCUUUCCACAGUUCCCUGACCACAGCCAUCAAGCUAAGGGAACAGUUAAGAGACACUUCAGAGCAG